AUGCCCUAUCCAGGGGGACCAGCGGGCAUGUCCAAGGAGGACCCGAAGUCACCGAAGCACCUCACUUCGGGUCCACAGGCGAACCGUGUCAAAGUCAAUCCUCAACCUCCAAACCAGCUCUGUGGUGACGUCGACACCCUGCCGGCCUGCGAGAACUCCAGCCUGCUGUCCAUGCCUCCAGUCUGCGCAGGCCGUCGUAAAGCUUCCACAGAGGACGGUGAAGAGGAGCUGUCCAUGAGCCUCUUGUCGAGGGAGGAGAUCUUCAUCCGCACCUUCCCAGGUACCUACUGGAAGGCAGGUGCCAGUGAUGAAGACAUGUCUCCGGUCCGGUCGGGCGCAUGUGCUCAAGAGGAGGAAGAGACCGAGGAUGCUGCAGGAGCCUCCACAGACCUCCCUUUGAUCCACAGCCCAGGAGGUAGCGUGUCAGCGACCUCCUUGAGCGCCUCGGACCACUUCUCGUCGCCCCCAGCGACGCAGCGGGGCGACAAGCUGAGGGAGAGCAUCUGCCGAGCGGCGCGAGCGGAGCCCACAGGGCAAGAGAUGCAGCCGGACAAGUCCGAGGAUGGGGUUACGAGAAAAGCGUCCGAUCUGGUGGUCAGGCAGCACACGGCGUCCACUGACGAUGAAACUCAGAUCCACCGGGUUGCGACGUCGCCAGCAUCUAUGGCGCAGCUACCGCAGCCUGCACAACCUUCAGGAGCUCCGCAAUCUCCGGUGCCUCAGCCGGUUGUGCAGAUGACUCAAGUCCUUGCACCGCCGAAGAUGGAGCUCUCGCUUUCAGGGGCUUGCUUAGACCUCCUGGUCGCACCAGGUGAUGUGCUGCUGAUGCGUGGGUCAGGGCGACUGGCCGAGAUCGGCAACGCCGGCGGCUUCAUGGGGCACGUGCUGGUUGUGACUGGCAAGCCUCGAGAGGUGCUGGCAACCUCCGCCGAAGCAGGGCAGCUCGCGAGCCUUUGGCCCGAGAAGGCCCAAGCAGUGUGGCGCAUACCGACCUUGGAAAGCACGCGACGGGAGCAAGGCUUGUGGGAAGCCGAAAGUGUCAUCAUGGUCGAGCGCUUGGGGCGACAGCUGACGCUCGUAGGUGAAGUUGAGCGCGAUGGCGACGUGUGCAACUUUGAGCCGCACGAGGCCGUGGAGAUCUGGCAGAGCCCAGAGGAGCUUCGCGGAGCUUUGCGUGUCGACCUGAUGGCUUUGGUUCUCUCGGACAUGCGCAAGAACCAGGUCGUGAUCCUUGCCUGUGCCAUCGAUGCUGCAGACAAGGCCCUGCUGCCGGCCACCUUCGGUGCUCUCGCCGACCAGCUCCAGGUGGGUCCAACGCAGCUGGCCAUGCUCAACUUCGCUCAGAGCAUCGCCUUUUCCUUGGCUCUUCCCGUGUGGGGCUCCAUGAUGCAGUUCUACACACCACGAGACUUGCUUGCCGGUGGCUGCUUUCUUUGGGGUUCUGUCACGAUCAUGAUUGCGACGAGCUCGAACUACUCGGUCCACUUUUUGCUCCGGCUUGUCAUGGGUGCUGCCCUGGCGGUGGUCGCGCCGAUUGGUCAAGCCAUGCUUUGCGACCUGGUUCCCGAAGCCGAGCGCGGCUGGGUCUUCGGGCUCCUGCAGUCGAUCUCCACGGCUCUGAGUGUUGGAGUGACCUUCCUUACCACCGGCUUUGCCAGGGUGCUCAUCGCCGGCGUAUACGGCUGGCGAUGCAUAUACGCGAUGAUUGGCAUCGCCUCCUUCUUCACCGUCGCCGCUGUUGUGACGAUCGUUCCAGAUACGUUGGCCGCUUCUGGAAUGAACACCAAGGGUCGCUCCUGGUGGGAAGAGCAGGUCCGAGUGGUGCAGCUGGUCAUGCAAAAGCCGUCCUUCGUAAUCAUGGUAUCCCAGGGUGUGACCGGUGGAAUUCCGUGGAACGGUUUUGCUUUCCUGCCGCUGUAUUUUCAACUCAGUGGCUUCAACGAUUUCCGAGCCGGCGAGAUCAUGCUGUACGGAGGCUUGGGUGGCAUGGUCGGCGGAUUGCUCGGUGGCUGGCUGGGUGACCGCUUUCAUCGCUGCUGGCCUUACGGGGGCCGCUGUGUCGUUGCACAGCUCUCCGUCCUACUGGGAUCUUUGCUCUUUGUAGCCGUGAUGACCAGCCCCGCGCGCUUCAGUUUGGUGGUGGGCUUCUUCUUUGCUUUCCAUGUCGCCUCCUGCUGGACGCCCGCAGCGGCUCUGAGACCCAUCUGUGGCGAGAUCGUCCGAGACAGCCGCGAUAGGGCACAGAUCCUUGCAUUGUGGAUUGCCCUGGAGGGCAUCAUUUCGUCCAUUUUUGGUGCGCCUCUGGUUGGCCUCAUAUCAGAGGCCUUCGGCUGCAAACUUGGGGGUCUAAGCACAUCUGCCGGUCAAGACCAGUCGGUCACGGCGCUGCGCUCUGCCCUCUUAGCAGUGGCCCUGAUCCCGUGGGUGCUCUGCGGGCUGGCCUGGUUUCCUAUGUACUGGACCUAUCCAAGGGAUGCAGGUUCCCGAACCGAGACACGAGCAAUCCGCGCAGACACGAUGGGUGAUCCGUCGAAGUGA